UCCAAAGUUGAGACUGUGACCAAUUGGCCGAAACCUACAAAUGUUGGAGAAGUGCGGGGUUUUCUGGGUCUAGCCGGUUAUUAUCGAAGAUUUAUAGAAGGAUUUUCCAAGAUAGCAAGUCCUAUGACACAAUUGACUCGGAAGGGUACUGAGUUCGUAUGGUCAAAGAAAUGCGAGCAGAGUUUCCAAGAAUUAAAGGACAAACUCAUAUCUGCACCAGUGUUGACUAUUCCAGACGAUUCGGAAGGUUUUGUGAUUUAUAGUGAUGCAUCCAAGCUUGGUUUAGGAUAUAUUUUGAUGCAACAUGGGGAAGUCAUUGCUUAUGCUUCGAGGCAAUUGAAGCAAUAUGAAUAG